GGCUCGGCUCGGGCGGGCUCCCGCGGCGGGGCUGAGGCGGGCGGGUGCCGCCAUGGUUUAAAGUCCCGCGGGAGGAAGGUAGCGGGCGAGAGCCAUGAACCUGCUGCCGGCCAACCCGCACGGCAACGGGCUGCUGUACGCCGGCUUCAACCAGGACCACGGAUGCUUUGCAUGUGGAAUGGAAAAUGGAUUCCGAGUUUAUAAUGCAGAUCCACUCAAAGAAAAAGAGAAACAAGAAUUUCCAGAGGGCGGUGUUGGCCACGUGGAAAUGUUAUUUCGCUGCAACUAUUUAGCACUCGUAGGAGGAGGAAAGAAGCCCAAGUACCCUCCUAACAAAGUAAUGAUCUGGGAUGACCUGAAGAAGAAGACUGUCAUUGAGAUAGAAUUUUCUACAGAAGUCAAAGCAGUUAAGCUGCGAAGAGAUAGAAUUGUGGUAGUCCUGGAUUCCAUGAUUAAAGUUUUCACAUUCACACACAAUCCCCACCAGCUGCACGUCUUUGAAACCUGCUACAACCCUAAAGGUCUCUGUGUCCUUUGUCCAAAUAGUAAUAAUUCCCUCCUUGCGUUUCCUGGAACACACACUGGGCACGUGCAGAUCGUGGAUCUGGCCAACACAGAGAAGCCUCCCGUGGACAUACCUGCUCACGAAGGCGUCCUGAGCUGUAUAGCAUUAAACCUGCAGGGAACAAGAAUUGCAACAGCAUCAGAAAAAGGGACCCUCAUAAGAAUAUUUGAUACUUCAUCAGGGCAUUUAAUCCAGGAGCUACGCAGAGGAUCACAGGCGGCCAAUAUAUACUGCAUUAACUUCAAUCAGGAUGCUUCCUUAAUCUGCGUAUCCAGUGACCAUGGCACAGUACAUAUUUUUGCUGCAGAAGACCCCAAAAGAAAUAAGCAGUCAAGUUUGGCCUCUGCCAGCUUUCUCCCUAAGUACUUCAGUUCCAAAUGGAGUUUCUCCAAAUUUCAGGUUCCCUCAGGCUCUCCGUGCAUUUGUGCCUUUGGAACAGAGCCAAAUGCUGUCUUAGUUACUCUCUCCAAAAGGUUGAAGAACGAGACCACGUCUCCACCCUGCUGAUUGAUUUAUGGUACUGCACUGCUGAAGCAUCCAGUUACACUGAAGCUCAGAACUAACAGUGGCACCAGCACAGCCCCCUGCGCUGCCUCACAGCGACACUCACCCGUGUUCCAGCCCUGACAAAGACACGCUCUGGUCCUCCUGGGCAGGCUGUCAGGACUUGCUUUGUUCACAUGGAGGAGCACGCAGUGAACACAAGGCAACUGAAGGACCAGAGUGAGCAACCAGCUGCCUUGUGAGCAAGGCAAACUGUCAGAAGUCUGUUCUACGUGACAAAAGAGGAUUAAAUACAUUUCAAAAUGACAAAUUGUCAGCUGGAGGUGAGCAUCACCAUCCACAGAUCCAAUAGCUUUUAUUCCUUUCAGUGCAGCUGCCCAUGGUGCAGGCUGCAUCUGCUGGCAGCCAGGAGUAAGGUGCACAUUUUGUAAAUCUAAAGUUACUGCUAUUCCUGAAAAGCAGUGUUUCCACCAGCAGCAGGAUUUCAGUUACUGUCAUCUUAGGUUUUGUCUGUUGUUAUUUACACAUAGCCAAACACCACCUCUUCCUCGUUUUCUUCUCUCUUUCCAUAGUGGCUGUGUUAUGCCACAGUCCUGAAAGGAAAACUAGAUUAGCAAUUAAUUUCCAGGUAAUUCCAAGUAUUUGCCAGCAGGCACCAGAAGCCACAGCCACAUCUGUGCCAAAGUCCAAUCCCUGAGCUACUGCCGCUCUCUGGCUGCAUCCCUGACCUCAGCAUCAAAUGCCAGCACGGGGUUCUCAUGCAUUAAGAUGAGGAAAGAUAGGGAGAAAAAAAAAAGCAAGUUGGGCUUGAACAUUAGCUGGGAAAGAAACCAGCUCCACAAAGAUGAGAAGAACAUGGCAGUUAAAGCAGGCCCUGCACUUCCCAACUUCAGAUGCUCUCUUUAUCAAUUAAUUUUGUGUCAGGCUUUAAAGCAAAACAGAAUCGUUUCAGGAAGCUCCACACACCUGGGCAAAAUAUUACAGCUUAUUAUGUAAUAAAUGCAGGCCUCACUCUUUACAUACCAAGCAACUGAGGAUUCGCAGUAAGAAUGUUAUACCAUGUAGUUAAGACAAGUACAGAAAGGUUAAUGGAAGCACUGGAUGUGGUGUAAAUGCUGCUGUGUAUCUAUCUCACAGCUAUCAAAUUCACACUAUCUAAAUCAAAGUCUGUAUCAAUGACUUCCAACCUCUUCCAACCAAAACUUACCUUUUUUGGGAAACCAGAAUCAAUUUACAACAACAUUCUAACACAGACUGUUACCUGAAGUUCCAUGUAUGGAGUGACGUAAUUGUAAAAGCUCCAAGUUUAAAAUGAACCUGCAUUACAAAUACCAUGAAAGGGAACGUAGAAGUCCUCGCAGCUUUGCCUCCCAGCCAGCAGCGUGCACUGCAAAGCACUUCACAAAGCAGGAGUGCUCUCAGGGAAUAGCAGCAUAUUUACCUGCACCAUCAGAAGGAAGGCUGGCACAAGGAGGGCUGCUGCUGUUGUGCUUCACAUGCUGAGGUAAUUGCAGAGGGUGGGCGAGGAGGCGGUGCAGCAACUCCAAACUGAGACAACACACUGACCAGAAGCAGCUUUUCUUCCAGCCCAUCCACAGCCCUCUGGCUCUCAUGGAAGACUCAGCGUUGCUUUGCUGUAUGAGACACCCCACAACCCCAUGACGACAUCCAGCACGAGGACAGAGCUGUCACACCCAAAGGCAAAGAUGUCAUCUGUCCAGAUGCCGCCUCCUUCCCCAUCCCCACAUUGGUGCUGGCUGCAAGCUGGGGCCACAACACAAAGCGGGUGGGAAGGCUGGGAGCCACGUCACGGAAGGACACAACAUGCUGGCAGUGCAGAUAAAGACAUCUGUCACCAGAAUUAGAUGUGUGGUUGGGUCUGCUGUAUAUCAGAAUUCUGAAUCUGUUUCAGAAAGGGAGGGGCAGGGAGGAAAGCAACCAGACACAAUGAAAAUUAGAUCAGAUUCCUGAAUCUUUUACACCUUGCAGCAAACUCAAUGACAAGCAAUGAAAAUCAGGGCAGCUCUAAAGAAAAUUAAGCUGGGUUGUUGUUUCUUUGUUUUUUAAGUUGUCCUUAAAUUCCAAUUAAAACACUGUAUGUUGUUUGCUUACACCCAGCCAUUUUCAAGGACUACACAUAAGCUUUCAGCAGACGGAACACCAAACUGGCUGCGCAGGAGCACAAAAGGAAAUCACACCGAGCACUGCAAAACAUAAAAGUUAACAGACAGGUGACAUCAAUCCUAGAGAGGUCAAAUCUCCAUAAGAACCAUCUCAAGAAAUUUUCUGUUUGCAGAAGAAAAACCACAUUGAUUCCAGGAGUCCACGGCUGAGAGCAAUUUCAGAAAGGUCAGGAGCAUCGGCUGAAACACAGCGGUGUGCCAGCUGCGCCACCCAGCCUGCAAUGCCGCGUGGGAAGCACUGCUGUACCAACGAGGGGAAGCACACAGCUGCACACACAGCAGGGUGCAACACCCUGGGACAGCCCCACUGCCCAGCCUGGUGCCAAGCAAGGCAGAGGAACCUGCACCCGACAAACAGAUGAGAGAUGAUCCCAAAGGAGCGCAGUCAGCAUCACCACAAACACGGCACUGUACGGAAAAGGUGAGCGGAGUUCUCCUAUGGCACAGCUUUACUGAAGGGUUUCUCCAUCCGAGCAAAGCUCCAAACCCCACACAACCAAUGUGUGCCACCAGCAGCACUGCAGAACGGGGCCCAAAGCACAUCCACACAUCCCUGUGCUCAGAGUCCCGGCUGCUGCCACACCAGCAGCGCUUCCUCGGCGCCGCCGGCAGCCUCUGCACCGUCAGCACGCCGUUGCAACAUGUUACACGGUUGUCAAACACACUUGUUGAGUCAUUCCAACUUAGUUAAUUUGCUGAAUAAAAUUUAAUUUUAUUUAAAAAAAUCUUAUACACUAUUAUUCACCUAGCCCUAGUUGUGAACAGAUUCUCACUUCUGAAAAUAAACCACAUUCUAAUCGAUUCAUUCAACACCAAAUUAAAUUACUAGUACUGGAUUUUGUUUUCUUAAAAAAAGUAUGUUAAAACU